UCAUGUAACAGUUCUUUUUUUAUGUGCAAAAAUGGCAAGUGUAUUCCCCAAAGCAAUAUUUGUGAUAAUAAAGAAGAUUGUAGUGAUGGAUCUGAUGAGAAAAACUGCCACGUUAAUGAAUGUCUUAGUAAGAAAGUUAGUGGCUGUUCUCAAGAUUGUCAGGAUCUUCCUGUUGGGUACAAGUGCAAAUGCUGGCCUGGAUUCCUGCUUAAGGAUGAUGGCAAAACAUGUAUAGAUAUUGAUGAAUGCACAUCUGGAUUUCCCUGUAGCCAACAAUGCAUCAAUACAUAUGGAACCUACAAAUGCUUGUGUGCAGAUGGGUAUGAAAUACAGCCUGAUAACCUAAAUGGCUGCAAAUCCCUUUCAGAUGAGGAACCUUUCUUAAUUCUGGCUGAUCAUCAUGAGAUAAGAAAAAUUAGCACUGAUGGAUCCAACUACACUUUGUUGAAACAGGGGCUGAACAAUGUGAUUGCAAUAGACUUUGACUAUAGAGAUGAGUUCAUCUACUGGAUCGAUUCCAGCAGACCAAAUGGCAGCCGCAUAAACAGAAUGUGUUUAAAUGGAAGUGACAUCAAGGUAGUCCACAACACAGCUGUUCCCAAUGCACUGGCUGUUGAUUGGAUUGGGAAGAAUCUUUAUUGGUCUGAUACGGAAAAGAGAAUUAUUGAGGUGUCUAAACUCAAUGGCUUAUACCCCACUGUCCUUGUGAGCAAAAGGGUGAAGUUUCCUAGAGAUCUGUCCUUGGAUCCUCAAGCUGGGUACUUGUACUGGAUUGACUGCUGUGAGUAUCCUCACAUUGGUCGUGUUGGUAUGGAUGGCUCCAGUCAAACAGUUGUCAUAGAAACGCAGAUAUCUAGACCUAUGGCUCUUACAAUAGAUUAUGUCAACCACAGACUGUAUUGGGCUGAUGAAAAUCAUAUUGAGUUUUCUGACAUGGAUGGAUCACAUAGACAUAAAGUCCCUAAUCAGGAUAUUCCAGGGGUGAUUGCACUAACAUUGUUUGAGGACUACAUCUACUGGACAGAUGGGAAAACCAAAUCACUCAGCCGUGCCCACAAAACUUCUGGAUCAGACAGGCAAUCAUUGAUUAACUCAUGGCACACCAUAACAGACAUCCAGGUGUAUCAUUCUUACAGGCAACCUGAUGUGUCUAAACAUCUGUGCACACUAAACAAUGGUGGUUGCAGUCAUUUAUGCCUUCUAGCCCCUGGCAAGAGGUAUACUUGUGCCUGUCCCACUAACUUUUACCUUGCUGCGGACAACAAGACAUGCUUGUCGAACUGCACUGCCAGUCAGUUCCGUUGCAAAACUGACAAAUGUAUUCCGUUUUGGUGGAAAUGUGACACGGUCGAUGACUGUGGAGAUGGCUCUGACGAGCCUGAGGAGUGCCCUGAAUUCAGAUGUCAGCCAGGCCGUUUUCAGUGUGGAACUGGACUUUGUGCUCUUCCAGCCUUUAUCUGUGAUGGAGAGAAUGACUGUGGGGACAAUUCUGAUGAACUGAACUGUGACACACAUGUGUGCCUGUCAGGUCAGUUCAAGUGCACAAAGAAUCAGAAGUGUAUUCCCAUAAAUCUGAGAUGCAAUGGACAGGAUGACUGUGGUGAUGAAGAAGAUGAAAGAGACUGUCCUGAAAACAGUUGUUCUCCAGACCAUUUCCAGUGUAAAACAACGAAACACUGCAUUUCUAAACUGUGGGUAUGUGAUGAAGACCCAGACUGUGCUGAUGGAUCAGAUGAAGCUAACUGUGAUAAGAAAACUUGUGGGCCACAUGAAUUCCAGUGCAAAAACAACAACUGUAUUCCAGAUCACUGGAGAUGUGACAGCCAAAAUGAUUGUGGUGACAAUUCUGAUGAAGAAAACUGUAAGCCUCAAACAUGUACUUUGAAAGACUUUCUUUGUGCAAAUGGAGACUGUGUUUCAGCGAGGUUCUGGUGUGAUGGAGACUACGACUGUGCAGAUGGCUCAGAUGAGAGGUAUUGUGAAACAGGCUGUUCAAGAGAUCAGUUCCAGUGUUCCAAUGGUCAGUGCAUAUCAGCAAAAUGGAGAUGUGAUGGUCAUGAAGACUGCAAACUUGGGGAUGACGAGAAAAAUUGUGAACCAGCAUCUCCAACCUGCUCUUCAAGUGAGUACGUGUGUGCAAGUGGAGGCUGUAUUUCGGCAUCUUUGAAGUGCAAUGGAGAGUAUGACUGUGCUGAUGGAUCUGAUGAGAUGGAUUGUGUAACAGAAUGUAAAGAAGAUCAGUUUCGAUGCAAAAAUAAGGCCUACUGUAUCCCUGUCAGAUGGCUUUGUGAUGGGAUCCAUGACUGUGUGGAUGGCAGUGACGAAGACAACUGUGACCAAGGAGGAAAUAUAUGUAGAGCUGAUGAAUUUUUGUGCAACAAUUCCCUCUGCAAAUUACACUUUUGGAUUUGUGAUGGCGAAGAUGACUGUGGAGAUAAUUCUGAUGAACUUCCUGAAAUGUGUGUAAAGUUUCCAUGCCCUCCAACAAGGCCGUACAGAUGUAGAAACAACAGGGUUUGUCUGCGACCUGAGCAGAUUUGCAAUGAGGUUGAUGACUGUGGUGAUAACUCGGACGAAGAUCACUGUGAUAAAAUCACAUAUAAAGCAAGACCAUGUAGAAAAGAUGAGUUUGCUUGUGAUGAUAAGAAAUGUAUUCCAAUGGAGCUACAGUGCGAUUGGUUUGAUGACUGUGGAGAUGGUUCAGAUGAGCAAGACUGCAAAAUAAGUGUCACUGAAUAUACAUGUGAAGAUAAUGUGAAUCCUUGUGGAGAUGAUGCAUACUGUAAUCAAACAAAAACGUCCCUACUGUGUCAGUGUAAACCUGGAUUUCAGAGAAACAAGAGGAAUAGACAGUGUGAAGAUGUCAAUGAAUGUAUGGUAUUUGGUACGUGCUCCCAACACUGCAAUAAUAUUAAGGGGUCAUACAAAUGUGCAUGCGAGAAAAAUUAUAAGGAGAGGAAUAGCAGCUGCAUAGCAAAAGGCACUGAAGAUCAAGUUCUCUAUGUUGCUAAUGACACUGACAUCCUGGGUUUUGCAUAUCCAUUCAACUACAGUGAUGUUCAUCAGCAAAUAUCACAUAUUGAACAUAAUUCAAGGAUAACUGGAAUGGAUGCGUAUUUUCAAGGGGACAUGAUUGUUUGGAGUACACAGUUUAAUCCAGGAGGGAUUUUCUACAGAAAACUUCACGACAGAGAGAGAAGGCAAAGUAAUAGUGGCUUGAUAUGUCCAGAAUUCAAAAGACCUAGGGGCAUUGCUGUUGACUGGGUUGCUGGAAAUAUUUAUUGGACUGAUCAUUCCAGAAUGCAUUGGUUCAGCUACUAUACAACUCACUGGACUAGCCUGAGAUACUCCAUCAAUGUAGGUCAACUGAAAGGACCGAACUGCACAAGACUCCUUACAAGCAUGGCAGGGGAACCAUAUGCAAUUGCUGUAAAUCCUAAGAAGGGGAUGAUGUACUGGACAGUUAUUGGGGAUCGCUCUCAUAUAGAGGAAUCAUCUAUGGAUGGUACACUGAGAAGGAUAUUGGUUCAAAAGAAUUUACAGAGGCCUACAGGUCUUGUAGUUGAUCAGUUCAGUCAACGUUUGUUCUGGGCUGAUUUUGAAUUAUCUGUUAUUGGCAGCGUUCUUUUUGACGGUUCUGAUUCGGUUGUGUCUGUGAGCAGUAAACAAG